GUUCUCGUCGAACUGGAAAAUUUCAGUGGAAAAAUGGAAGCAGAAGAUUUCCCAGAAGCAAGGGCAGCCCUUAGACUUCUCCGCAGUAGGCUCUGUAACUCUAGUUUCUACUUCAAGCCUCAAUCUGAUUCCGCCGAUACCAAUUACAGCAAAUUGAAGUUUAUUAUAUCCAGUUCGGUGGCUGAAGCGUGUAAUAAUUCAAUCCUGCUUCUUGGCCCCCGCGGUUCGGGGAAAAUGGCGGUGCUGGAUCUCGUUCUGCAAGAUCUAUUACUAGAGUAUCCUGAAAUGAUUUCGGUGAUAAAGUUGAGUGGUCUUUUGCAUUGCGAUGACAAUUGUGCUUUCAAGGAGAUUGCUAGGCAGAUUUGUGCGGAGUAUCAAUUAUUGUUCUCAAAAAUGGCAUCCUUUGACGAUAACUCCCAAUUUAUGAUAGCUAUGUUACGGGAGUGUGGCUUGGCUCAUAAGACGAUUGUUUUUAUACUGGAUGAAUUUGAUCUUUUCGCACAAGGAAAACAGCGAUUACUUUAUAGUUUGUUAGAUGCCAUGCAAUCAGUGACAUCGCAAGCUGUUGUUAUUGGCAUCAGUUGUCGAUUGGAUGCUGAUCAGCUACUCGAGAAAAGGGUAAGAUCUCGUUUCUCCCAUAGAAAACUGCUAUUUCUUCCUCCCUGCAAGGAAGAUGUGGAGAGAUUGUUGGAGAACGUUUUAUCAUUGCCAAUAGACUCAGACCUUCCUCAUGACUACAUUAUUAAAUUUAAUGCAAAGGUUCAUAAUCUUUUAGCAGAUGAGAGAUUUAAAAAGAUCAUUAACACUUAUUUGGACUCUGAUUCCACCGUCAAACAAUUAAUGAGAUAUUUGUUUUGUGCCAUAUCAAAGAUGGACUUGAAAUCUGGGUUGCUGACACUUGAGAAUUUUCAACAUGCUCUUUCAAAUAUUCAGAGGCAGCCAAAGCAGGAAUACAUUAAAGCAGAUUGUUCCAUAUUGGAGCUCUAUAUUCUGGUAUGCAUGAAAAGGUUGGAAGUUAAGGAGCAGAAUUCGUACAACUUCAAUUCUGUAAUGAAAGAGUACAAGAGUAUACAUGAUUCAUUCCAGACAUCUGAUUAUUAUUCACGAAGUGUAUGCUUACGGGCUUUUGAGCACCUUCUACAGCGUGAAUUAAUCUGUUUCGUUGACAACCGCGGACACAAUCAAUCCAUUGAAUUUCGGCCGGUCAAGAUGUUAAUAUCAUCUCAUGAACUACAUCAUGGAUUGAAGUCAUAUCAUUCAUGUCCUGUCAUUCUUCAAAAAUUGAUGAAUUGAGGAGGUUGAACCAGCCGUGGGGACCGGACUGGAUGGCUGUUUACUAGGUUCCCAACCACAAAUUUUCAGAAAUUUAAACAAAAAAAUAGUCAUAGAUUUCCACAGAUAUUCUUCUGAAACUACAUAGCUUCGAUCUUGUGGAAGGAAGCACUCGGGUUCAUGAUAAAGUUGAGUGGUCUUUUGCAUUGCGAUGGCAAUUGUGCUUUCAAGGUGGAACUCUCUCCAUCUCUUUCUUUCUUCCUCCACGUAAACUAUUUACUUUAUGAUUAUUAUAUCGCUAAGAAUUUAUUUUUCUAUAUUUUUCCACAAUUUAACCCACCAUGUGGGAAAAAAUUUCACUUGACGAGUCAAUUUCAGCAUAUUAUUUUCGUAGCGUAGGCAGGUAAUUCAUGUAGCUCCUGCUUUUAUUUGUAUGUAUUCAUAAAAUGGUUGACUUUCAGCUAAUCAUGACUAUGAUUGGGAA